CCUGAAUUAAGCCAACGUUACCAGUCAUAAACGCCAGUUGAUUACGUUCCCAUUAAGAAGGCAUAAUGGGUCGCCUAGUUGCGCAAGUUCCCAACGAGGACCCGGAACGCCUCAAGCGUGUUCUUGAUGCUAAAUGGCGCACUAUUGGGGUGGACAAGGAUGCGCUGGACCGUCAAGUGAAAGAGAAACAGGACAGGGAGCAGGCAGACAAGGACCGCGAUGAGGCCUUCGCUCGCCUUACCCAGUACUUCAAUGACCAGCUCACGCUCAUGCAGAACGAGGCGGACCAGAUACGUCAGGCCUACAACCGUGACACAGAAGCAUUCCGCCAACAGCAGCAGCUUAAGCACACCCGGCGGGAGUGGGACAUUAACCGGCCAGACGCUAAGCAGCUGGACCUGCCUGCACGCGUGGGUGACGACGACCCUCGACUGGGGCCCUCGUCCCUCCAAAAGUUUGACGGCGAGGACUUGACGGCGGGUGACCGCAAAGAUGCGCAGAUACAGCAGUGCGUGGACUGGUGGGCUGAGCAGACAGCCAUCAAGGAGGCCGUCACAGCUGCUGAGAGGGAGGCGGAGCUGGCGCACGCCGAGCUGGUCAAGUACCAGGACAUGCUGCAGCAGGCGGCCAAGAGCGAGGAGGACGCAGUUCGCCGUGAGCUCAACCGCGCUACGGCGGAUUACAACAAGCGGCAGGCGGAGGAGAAGAAGCUGCGCGAGAUCGCCGCCCGCCAGGCGGAGCUGGCGGCCAACAUGGCGGAGAUGGAGGCGACCAUCACCUCCAGCUUUAUGACGGAGGACCCGAACAUGGCCGCCUCCGCCCUGUCUCCGUUCCGUGUGCGGAAAGACCACUACAAGGGCAUGACGGAGACGGAGAGGAAGGCCAUCCUUGAUGCGCAGCUGGCCCAGAUGGAGGAGAAGAAGGCGCGCCGCGCGCAGGAGCAGCUGGAGAACAUGAUGUAUGCGCGGACGCAGCACGACAUUCAGCGAGCGCUGCAGGAGCAGGCGCAACGCGUCGAGGAGUUCCGAAAGGCGCAGCUGGACCGUGCGACGGACAUCCUGAAGAAGCAGGCAGCGGAGAAGCAAGAUCGCGACAAGCACUUGUCCACGCUCUACCGCAAUGCGAUAGCGCCGGAGUUCUUUACGCAGUUUGGCACCUCCCACCGAUGAUGUGUUCGGGGGAGCGGUGUGGAGGUCAUGCUUAGAUAGUGUUUUGUAUGUUUAGGCUGUGUGGGUUCUAGUUACCUACUUGUUAGACACGCAGGCAGCUUUAGGCGAGCACGGGUUCCCUGCUCAUGAGGUCAUGACGGAAGCUUAGUACCUACAACAUCCUCAGGACAGCGCAGGCAUCACAAUGUACAUAGGAUAGCACCAUAUAGCGUGUUUUACUAGUCACUGCAAUCGGCGCCGCAAAUGGCAUCGAGAAAAGUCUCGAAAAAAUCGCGACAUGUACGGAUCUUCGCGAAGACUUCUCUGUAACCGCCUCGUUAAAGAGUGCAGUGGUCGCUGGUUUCACUGUUCAGUUUUGCCCAACUCACUACAACAUUUCAUAAAGCACCUUGCAGCCAUGGCGGCCCGGCGUCUCAUUCCCCUGUUGGAUCGUGUGCUGGUGGACAAGGUGCAGGCAGCUACUAGGACCGCUGGUGGUGUCCUCCUUCCUGAGAGCGCUAUGCAGAAGGUGAACGAGGGCGUCGUCGUUGCUGUUGGGCCAGGCCGCCGCAGCAAGGAUGGAGACCUGCAUCCAGUGAGCGUCAAGGAGGGCGACAAGGUUCUGCUGCCGGAGUAUGGUGGCAGCCAAAUAAAGCUCGGCGACAAGGAGCUAUACCUCUACCGUGACGAGGAGCUGCUUGGCAUCCUUAAGGACUAAGCUUGCGGCGUGGCGGCGUAAUAGGCUAUGGAUGCUUCUCUCUGUGGCCUGUCAGCUUCUGGGGCCGUUUCGGGGUGCUUCCGGGCACUGGCAGAGUGGCAAUGAGAGGUGUACCCAGCUUCAACGCAGGCAUGGGGGAAGGUUACACGCCUUUGCAGGAAAGCUUGUGGGUGGGUUGUUGGGCACAUGCAUGGAAGCUUUUCCCCGGCCAGGUGGACUUAAGUAACGGGUAGCCGUGUAUGAAAGGAUGAAUCUUCCACUUAGGCACAGUUUCAUCCUCAUCGUGGCUGUUAGCUGGUGUCCUUGCCUGGGGUAGAUGCCGCUGGUUAAGGAGACUCGGACCAUUUCAUCGUAUAAGCUAUAACCUGCAAUUCAACAUACGAGGAUUGUGGUUGUAGAGCUUGGCCAUACCGGUAUGGCAAGCGGACAAUGUUUCGUGGGCCGGUGCAGUUGAUAUUUUUUUGCAGCGUUUGCAAUGCUGGCUGCCCGUCCUGACAAUGUGUGCUGGAGGAAUAUAGCUGAUGUACACAUGCUUUGCAUUAAUCCAACCUCCCAAAUCUCGUAUCAGGUUUCCACUGGCCUUAGCACGUUAGCAGACCCAUGGACCAGCACACAGUCAAUCCUUGUGUCUAGCAACGGCAGCAUUCUGGGGACGUUAGGUUGUAUGCAAUGGAAUGCCUGAAACCCUUUGGUACAGCAAUGGUGUUGUAUACUAGAACGCUAGCUUGGGCUAACCUGCGCGUCGUACGAAAAAGUGAUCAUCAGUCUCACAGUGGUGCAGCCUGACACACCAUGCUUUCGGGUAAAGGUCUGAAGUACAAUUGGCAUUGGUAGCGAAACCACUGUGGUGCAGCGGAGUCCUAACACCUCGAACAUCUUUGCAUCCUGUACUGUAAUACUCAGCCUCGAUGUCGAGUUUGAGAUAAGCAAACGAGAAUUGGCUAGCCCUGUUUUGGCGCUGACAUUUGCUUUAUCCACGUUUACAAAAGCCGUCGAGCGUCAUUGCGUCCGGUUGCGACGAUGCACCAUUUGCUAUUGCCGCCGGAGGAAGGAGCUCACGAACUAUCAGAUGAAGGCGCUGCACGGGUAGAAGAGGAUCCAGAUUUAGCUCCCGGCCAUGACUGCUGCGCUGUGUGCGCUGGCCCCUGCGAGCCUGGUCUACAGUGUACCAUGUGCAAGGGCGUGCGCUACUGCUGCGCUCAGCACCUGACCGAUGACGCGCCACGCCAUGUGGCGGUGUGCCCCACGCUGAGCUGCAUGCGCCAAGCGGACGAUGCUUUGGAGCGUCAGCAGGAGGAGGCGCCGGCGGCUGAUAAUGCCACAUCGGAGCCAGAAGGUGCCUCACGCGACGGUACGGCAGCGUCCCCAACCCUUGCAGGCGAGGAGGAGGCCGCCUGGUCCCCGCCUGGUGAGGAGGGCAGCUGGGGACUCGUGAUGCCAGACAGGUUCUUGGCCGUGUACCCCCGUGAGGCUGGUGAAGAGGGGGAGGAAGCAGCCGGGGCGCAGGAGCCGCCGAGGAAGAGGGCGCGGAGGGCUGGCACUGGUCCUGGAGGCAACCCGUCAAACGGUGUCAGUGGCGCUGCUGAGGCUUCCCAGCCGCAGUCCGCAGCCAACCCAGCCGCAGCCCUGCCAGAUGAGGCCCGACUGUUGCAGCUGGCUUCGGAGCUCGCGGAGCGCACCGCCGUCCUGAGCUACGCCUAC